CUUUGUCUACAGGCGACGAGGGUAGUGGUCGCUUUUGUGAUGAGAAGGUGAAAGACUGAUGAAAGGUGAAAGGUGAUGAGAAGAAGAAAGAAGAAUAUGGUCGCUUUUCUGAUGAGGUGCUGCAUAGAUAUAGCUGGAUAUAUACUGGGUGACGGACGCGGGUGGCGCUGUGGGUAAAACCUCAGUGCCUAGGACUUGCCGAUCGCAUGGUCGGCGUUCGAAUCCCCGCGGCGGGGUGAGCUCCCGUCUUUCGGUCCCAGCUCCUGCCCACCUAGCAGUUCGAAAGCACCCUUAAAGUGCAAGUAGAUAAAUAGGUACCGCUUUAUAGCGGGAAGGUAAGCGGCGUUCCGUGUGCUGCUCUGGGGCAGGCUCGCCAGAGCAGCAACGUCACACUGGCCACAUGACCCAGAAGUGUCUGUGGACGGCGCCGGCUCCCGGCCUCUAGAGUGAGAUGAGCGCACAACCCUAGAGUCUGACAAGACUGGCCCGUACGGGCAGGGGUACCUUUACCUUUAUACUGGGUGACUAGCUUUUCUUAAAGAUCCUGCUCCGUUAAUGGUAAACGGCUGCAUAGUAACGAAGCGUCUUCAGAAAGUGAAUGUUGGCUAUGCAUGUACUUUCGUUAGGUCCAUUUUUACUGGAUUAUAACCCAUGUUGGCCCUGCUCAGAGACGACCUAUAGAAAUUAAUGGAUACGACUAACUUGCAUCCAUUAUUUUCAGCGGCUCUCCUCCAAUGUUUCUUUUAAUAUGAAGUUUAUAAGCAUUAUAAAUAAAUCAAAUUGGGCCUCUUGUAAUUUUAUCUCUGUGUCAAUUCUUUGUGUUUUGGACUCCUAGAAGAAUAGGAUUGUUUUUCAUUUUUUUAGAAAAGCAAUAGUCGCUCAGUUCCUUUCAGUCUGUGAAGUUAAAGAUACAGUACCUUGGUUUACGAACUUAAUCCAUUCUGGAAGUCCAUUCUUAAACCAAAACUGUUCUUAAACCGAAGCACACUUUCCCUAAUGAGGCCUCCCGCCAUCAGUGCCCUUCCACCGUUUGGCUUCCGUUAUUAGACCGAGGUAAAGUUCUCAAACCAAGACACUAUUUCUGGUUUUGCAGAGUUUGUAAACCAAAUCAUUCUUAAACCAGACUGUUCUUAAACCGAGGUACCACUGUACUUCCUUUCACUUCUUUUGUAUAGGGUCAUUGAAUAAAUGAAUACAGUAGCCAAUUAGUCAUUAUUUUGUAACAAGGAAGGCAAAUAUUAAGUUUGUUGUUGUUUAGUCGUUUAGUCGUGUCCGACUCUUUGUGACCUCAUGAACCAGAGCACGCCAGGGACUUCUGUCUUCCACUGCCUCCCGCAGUUUGGUCAGACUCAUGUUUGUAGCUUCGAUAACACCGUCCAACCAUCUCGUCCUCUGUCGUCCCCUUCUCCUUGUGCCCUCCAUCUUUCCCAACAUCAGGGUCUUUUCCAGGGAGUCUUCUCUUCUCAUGAGGUGGCCAAAGUAUUGGAGUCUCAGCUUCAGGAUCUGUCCUUCCAGUGAGCACUCAGGGCUGAUUUCCUUCAGAAUGGAUCGGUUUGAUCUUCUUGCAGUCCAUGGGACUCUCAAGAGUCUCCUCCAGCACCAUAAUUCAAAAGCAUCAAUUCUUCGGCGAUCAGCCUUCUUUAUGGUCCAACUCUUACUUCCAUACAUCACUACUGGGAAAACCAUGGCUUUAACUAUAUGGACCUUUGUUUUUUAAAUAAUCUUUAUUGCUUUUAAAACUUACAAGAAAAGAAAAACAAAAAGAAAAUAGGCUAGAGAAAAAGACAAAAUAAAGCAGAGGAGAGAAAAAAAGAGAGAGCAGAGAAAAAACAAUACAAUACAAUAAACAAUACAAAACACAACCUUAACACACUAAACAAAACAAAACAAAAGAACAACAAUUUAAAAACAUAUACCAUACCAUUUCAUUACUCUAUCUUUCAUUCCCUUAUUUCAUCGACCUCCUCUCACCUCCCGUGUUGUAUUCCACUUCUAUUACUUAUUUCAGCAAUUCCUUUCCAUCUUUCUCUAUUUUUAUCAUUAUGAAUAUCUUAACAUAUUUUGUACCUUAUUUUCCAUUAAUACUGAAAUACUUAUUUAUACCUAACUCCUUAUAACAUUUCUGCUAAAGCCAUAAAGUUUCAAUCCAACAAUUUUCUAACACUCAUUAAAUUUACAAUAUUUCUAUAUAUAAACUUUAAACUUUCCCAAUCUUCUACCACCAUCUCUUCUCCCUGGUCUUGGAUUCUGCCAGUCAUUUCCGUCCAUUCCAUAUAGUUCAUCAACCUGGAGAUCUUCUGUCCGAGGCUCUUAAAUCUUUUCCAAGUCCCUUCUGCAGUUUUCUUCAUAUUCUUUGAUGCUGAGGGUGCUGAAGUGCAGGUCUUGGGGGGGCCCCCGACCCAACCAUGCCCCCAUUCCCUCUCGACAGACCAACCAACUCUCCACAGCUAAAACCAGUGUCCAUACAAUAUCUCAAAUCAUGUUUCAAGGCUCCUCCAGAUCCAACAGCCCCCACAACUCCAGUCACCUCCUGACCCAGAUUCAGGACCCAAAGGUCAGUAAAUCUCUGCAUAGAAGAGUCUAUCCAACCUUCCUUCUUCAAUCCAAGCAGGGCUCCAAUCUUCAAAUUCUGACUUUUUCUAUAUUCAUUCAUAAAAGGCCUCCACUUAUAGUCCUCAGUUUGCCUCUGUAAGACUGGGGCUUCCACUUGUGUUAUUUUAGGUUUAACAACACCAACAUUCUCCUUCGUCUUCUCCCCAGUUUGUCCUGUCAAGGUAGGUUCCUGUGUCAAAUCCUGAACAAUUUCUGUAUUAAUGGUCACUUUUUGUUCCAAAUUAAUCACUUUUUGUCCCAAGUUCUCAAGUUUGGUAUUCAUAGCGUCCGUCUUCUUGUGGAGCUGUUCCAGCGAAUAGCUUAUCUUACAUAAUACAGUCAAUAAGGCUCCUUCUGUCAACAUUCUUAAAGUCCAAGGUCAGUCUCUAUUUCACACAGGUCUUAUCUUGCAACUGGAAAAACCCCAGCUCCACUCUUGUAACAGUUUCAAAAGCUCCCUCUAGAGGGAAACAGUCUCCACUUGUAUCAAUCCUUUCAAACACAAUUUAAACUACAGUGGUGCCUCGCAAGACGAAAUUAAUCCGUUCCGCAAGAGUCUUCGUCUAGCGGUUUUUUCGUCUUGCGAAGCAAGCCCAUUGACGGAUUAGCGCUAUUAGCGCUAUCAGCUGUUUAGCGGCUAUUAAAGGCUUAAAGGCUUAGGGGAUUAGCUGCUAAAAGGCUAUUAAAGGCUAUUAAAGGCUUAGCAGAUUAGAUAAAGGGGGGGGGAAGCGAAAAAAAAUCUCAAGACUCGCAAGGUAUUUUCGGCUUGCGAAGCAAGCCCAUAGGGGAAUUCGUCCUGCGAAGCAACUUCAAAACGGAAAACCCUUUCGUCUAGCGGUUUUUCCGUCUUGCGAGGCAUUCGUCUUGCGGGGCACCACUGUAUAAAGUUAGUUUCUUUUCCUACUUUUUAAACGCAGAUGAGUACAAUGGAAACAAUAUAUUUCUCUUAUUUAGCUAGCUGUCAAAAAACGUCGCUCUUUCUGGCAGCCCGUUUCCAGGUUUGGAGCAGUGGUAAUUUGGUUUUUCACUCUCUCCUGCAGGCUCACUAGGUCCAAGAUUUCCCCCCUCUUCUCCUGCUUCCAAGGGGGGUUUAAUAGUUUUAACCGAUGGAGAUUUAAUCCUUUACAAAAAUAAACUUUCCAAGGCUUUAACUUGCAACUUCUUUGCUUCAAUCUGUUUACAAGAAAGGAAGGCGGACUUCCUGUUUAGAACCUUCCCGUUUCGAUGCCAAAUUAAUGAAUUUAAAGAUCUAAUUUUCCGUUCUACUCACGGGUAGUUGUUUAAAAUCCAAUUGUUCACAGGAAAAAGGCAGCGCUCUCCGGCAACAGCGAUGCGGCUUCACUCCGUGAAAGAAGCAGUCAAUUCGAAGCACUGCGCCACUCACCCCACUUUGCUCCGGAUCCCCAAAUCAGGGUUUCCCCGCGAGUAGGGGAGGUGCAAAAGGUGCCAGCCGAAUCCCAAGUUCACAGGCUUCUCCCGCCUGUGAUUUCAGUGGGUCUCCGCCUUCGCCGUGGCGGUCAGACCCUAAUUUCCGCGGAGCAAAUUCCUCCCGAUCGGAGGAACUCCGCCAUUGCUUGGAGGCGCCAACCCGGAAGUCAACUAUACGGACCUUUGUUGGCAAGGUGAUGUCUCUGCUUUUUAAGAUACUGUCUAGGUUUGCCAUCGCCUUACUUCCAAGGAGCAGGCGUCUCUUAAUUUCGUGACUGCUGUCACCAUCUGCAGUGAUCAUGGAGCCUAAGAAAGUAAAAUCUCUCACUGCCUCCAUUUCUUCCCCUUCUAUUUGCCAGGAGAUGAUGGGACCAGUGGCCAUGAUCUUCGUUUUUUUGAUGUUGAGCUUCAGACCAUAUUUUGCACUCUCCUCUUUCACCCUCAUUAAAAGGUUCUUUAAUUCCUCCUCACUUUCUGCCAUCAAGGUUGUAUCAUCUGCAUAUCUGAGGUUGUUGAUAUUUCUUCCGGCAAUCUUAAUUCCAGCUUGGGAUUCAUCCAGCCCAGCCUUUCGCAUGAUGAAUUCUGCAUAUAAGUUAAAUAAGCAGGGAGACAAUAUGCAGCCUUGCCGUACUCCUUUCCCAAUUUUGAACCAAUCAGUUGUUCCAUAUCCAGUUCUAACUGUAGCUUCUUGUCCCACAUAGAGAUUUCUCAGGAGACAGAUGAGGUGAUCAGGCACUCCCAUUUAAGAACUUGCCAUAGUUUGCUGUGGUCAACACAGUCAAAGGCUUUUGCAUAGUCAAUGAAGCAGAAGUAGAUGUCUUUCUGGAACUCUCUAGCUUUCUCCAUAAUCCAGCGCAUGUUUGCAAUUUGGUCUCUGGUUCCUCUGCCCCUUCGAAAUCCAGCUUGCACUUCUGGGAGUUCUCGGUCCACAUACUGCUUAAGCCUGCCUUGUAUAAUUUUAAGCAUAACCUUGCUAGCGUGUGAAAUGAGUGCAAUUGUGCGGUAGUUGGAGCAUUCAAAUAUUAAGUUAAACAUCACAAUAAAUAGCUUAUUCUAGAAGCUUACAGCUUUAUAUACUUGUCUAUUAUAUGUAUGACUCGCUUAAUGUGGAUACCACUACAUCUCACUAUGCCACCUAUUUAAUGUAUAUAAUCUUGUCUAUUGUUUGUGCAGGUUAAAAUGCAAUUGGUAUCUGACUACAUCUUCACAGUAGAUGAGAGGGAGUAUUCUUAUUGAACUUUGUAGGAUGCAGUGAAGCUUGUGUAAAAAGUUGGGGGAGGAAGUUAUGCAGCUGAAAUAUUAUCCAAAGCAAAACUCCUAACACUCUCUGGUACAAAGUUUGGCUAUCUUUCCAAAACAGCUCUUGACAUGAACAUUUGAUAUAUAACCUACACCAGCCUAAGCCAUUCUAAGCAAUACCACGAAUAAACCCUUCUUAACAUAAUGGGGGCUUAUUUCAAAGUAAACCUGUUAGAACUGAGCUGUAAGUGCUCCUGAGUUGCAGUUUUAUAAAACCCUUAAACUAAGGUACCUGUGUCAUGCAAAACAGCUCAUAGUAGAAAGCUGGUUAAAAUUCAAAUAUGCCAUAGUUACGGUAAGUGUGUUCUAAACUGUCUUGAAGGUUAAAGUGUUUGCAAUUGCCUUUGCUUCUACAGUUGUGUAAUCGGAUCUUUGAUAUAAUCCUCUUCCACCAUGGUAUAACUUCAAAAGAACUGAAAUAAUUAUCCACAACAUCUCUGACAAGCUGAAACUAAAAUUCAGCAAAACUCGGUCAUCGUGUAACAUUUUCUAACCUGUUCAUUUUAGCUCUUCUGCUUAGAGCCAAGCAUUCCUGGCAAACAACCAUUUGAAUACUUAAUUCCUGUUAUGACUGAAAUUUUAAUGACAUUUAUGACUUGCUUUUCUUAUAUUCCUUGUGAACUAAUGCUAAGAAGAAAAACAUGCUAUAUUAUUACAGUGGUACCUCAGGUUAAGAACUUAAUUCAUUCUGGAGGUCCGUUCUUAACCUGAAGCUGUUCUUAACCUGAGGUACCACUUUAGCUAAUAGGGCUUCCUGCUGCCGCUGCGCGAUUUCUGUUCUCAUCCUGAAGCAAAGUUCUAAACCCAAGGUACUGUUUCUGGGUUAGCGGAAUCUGUAACCUGAAGUGUCUGUAACCCGAGGUACCACUGUAUACAUCUAUAUGCAGGAUUCACCUACCCAGUCACAUCAAUGGAAGUCCUACACAAGGACUUCAUCUUGCACAAUGGACCUCCCCCCCCUUCCCCAGUGCCGUCUGCAAUGGGCCUUGGGGGCAAGGGCAUAGCCAAGAGAGGGCAGCUGCCCCCCAUCAAGUAAAACAAAAGAAAUACUUAACUAACUGACCAAUCACGUUGGUUCUGCCCCCUUAACACAACAUGCUUUUGGGGGGUGUCAGGAGAACCCCUAGAACAGCUUAUGGGGGGGAGGAUAAGGGGGUCAUUCUCUCAGGCAAGCUGGAAUGCUUGUGCUGACAGAACAAUCAGAAGAGUACAAUGUUGAAUUCCUCCCAAUAUGAGCAACAGUAAUUAAAUGUAUGCCGUUUGAUCUUACGCAGUGUUAGGCACACAUAAAACCAUUAGGUUUUCAGUGUCUUCUCAAAAGUGAACAACCCUGGGUUUAAGAUGGUCACUUUUGAAAACUUAAUAUAAUAUAUGCAAAGGGCAAUUUUUUUUUACUUCAUUUCUGCUUCCUCAUAUGAAUGUUCUAAAUCAAUUGCUACUCUAAACAAGCUCUCAACAGGAUUAUUGUGGUUAAUAUAAAGUUAUGUUAAAAUGAUUUAGAUGGCUGUUUUGUGCUUGUGCGAACAGUCAGUUAUUGGAGUUGGGAUUUAAUGUGACACAGUGGAGGCUUUUUUGUAUGCCUCCCCUUAUGUCAAGCUGGGGGCUGGGAGAGUGGAGAAUAGCACCAAAAUACAUUAUUUUCCCCAGCUUAAUCAUCGUAGCAUGAGGAAUUUUCAAAGAAACCAUCAAAAUAGUAUGUGCAGAUGUUCAGCCAACUGUUUUCUCAGUUCUGGAUGGAAAACAAGGGGGGUUGGGAAGUAGGUUCAUGUUCCAAACUGGCCUUUUUAAACAGUCUCUUGCCAGUCAUAUUGGCUUCAGGACAACAGUUAGAAGAGCAGAGAGUUUCCCAAUAUUGCUGCCCAUAUUGUAGCUAUUAGCAUGAAUUUAUUUUGGAAAGCGGUCAGAAACUGAAUGAUUCAUAACACUGAAGGCUGAAAUGUGGACAAACAUAUGUGGAUAAAUGUGCACAUUCCAGUAAACCACCUUGGAGGAUUUACAACCGUUUGCCUGAAUGCAGGGCACAGUAGUAGUUCUCAAACCAUUUUAAAAGUAAGUAAUGCUAUUAAACACGGGUGGCGCUGUGGUCUAAAUCACAUAGCCUAGGGCUUGCUGAUCAGAACGUUGGCGGUUCAAAUUCCCACGACGGGGUGAGCUCCCGUUGCUCGGUCCCAGCUCCUGUCAACCUAGCAGCUCGAAAGCACGUCAAAGUGAAAGUACAGUGGUACCUUGGGUUAAGUACUUAAUUCGUUCUGCAGCUCUGUUCUUAACCUGAAACUGUUCUUAACCUGAAGCACCACUUUAGCCUAUAGGGCCUCCUGCUGCCGCCGCGCCGCCGGAGUACGAUUUCUGUUCUCAUCCUGAAGCAAAGUUCUUAACCCAAGGUACUAUUUCUGGGUUAGCGGAGACUGUAACCUGAAGUGUAUGUAACCUGAAGCAUAUGUAAUGCGAGGUACCACUGUAGAUAAAUAGGUACUGCUCUGGCGGGAAGGUAAACGGCAUUUCCGUGCACUGCUCUGUUUUGCCAACAGCGGCUUUUUCAUGCUGGUCACAUGACCCGGAAGCUGUACGCCGGCUCCCUCGGCCAGUAAAGCGAGAUGAGCGCCGCAACCCCAGAGUCGUCCGUGACUGGACCUAACGGUCAGAGAUCCCUUUACCUUUACCUUAAUCCUAUUAAAAGUUAACUUCUCUGAAGCAAGAGAGUAGACUACUCAGAACAACAUUUUUAAUUCUAGAACUCAGUUCUUUCUGGCAAACUGUGAGCCACAGUUGUUCAGCAACUUUCCCAACUAGACAAUGAAUCAACUCGUUUGAGAAAGAUUUCAACUUUGCAUUUUUAAAAUCUGCAGGCCAUAAGAAAAAAAAGUGAACCUUUAAAAAAAUUUAAUUUGAGGUAUUAAUGUAAGUGGAUAACACUAUGUCAUAUCAACUUUCUGUAUGCUAUACUUGCAGACAUAUACAUAUCUAUAUGUAUCAAAAUACUAUGUAUAAUGCAAAUGUGGUUUUAACUCUAAAAUAAUAUGUAGAUACAUAUACUUUCCAAUACUUCUGCUUUGUAUUAUGCAGGCCUGUUGCUGAUUUGGUGUUUGAAGUUGGCAUGCAGUUAACAUGAGCUAAGCAUCUGACUGCUAUAAAUGGGAGGUCUCGUUCAUUAAAACAUCUUCGUGUUUCCUGCACUAACACUACAGCAAUAAUAUCAACUGCUGAAAAUCAAUUAUCAUUGCCAAAAAUAGAGACUAAGGCCAUAGACCUAUGUUGACUUACUUGGGAGUACCAUAAGUCUUGUUGGACAGGUAUUUGAGUAAACAAUGCAGUCUUAAGCUGCAAACAAUGAACACCAAACUCAGACUAGUUAUUACUUCACAAUAUCUUUUUAUCACUACUCUGCAGGUGAGGGCUUAGAUACCAUCUUAUCAGUUGAUCCAUUCUGCCACAGUGUAGGAAAUGGAAUUUCCUCCCUUUUAGUAUUAGACAGUAUUAUCUUUCGGGUGCCUACUGAAGACCUUCCUCUUUCAACAAACCUUUUGAGACCUUUCCCAGUCUGCAUCUGCAUUGGAGUUGUUUUUAAGGUGUUUUGCCACUUGUUUGCCACCCUGGGCUAUUUUCGGGAGAGUGGAAUGUAAAAUAAAUAUUAUAAAUCGGGCAGUAAUAAACACUUCGUGUAUAUGGUCAGUGUUGUGAAAAGCUGCAUCCCAGUCGCCUACACUGUGGCUGGUGGAGGGUUAGCCACUCCCCGCCCCCGGGCAGGGCCGUUGCGCCUUUAAUAAGUAAAAAUUCCAAAAGUAUUGCUAAAAUCCGCCAUAUACCACGGCGGACCAUCGGUCCAUCUAGGUCAGUAUUGCGCCGCUUCAGGGUCUCAGCGUGGGGCUGAGCCCUACCUGGAGAUGAUGUGGACUGAACGUAGGGCCUCCGAUGCUUUACCAUUGACAUACACCCCCUUCCCGCACAGGCAAAAGCGCAGCAAAAGCAAACCAGAAUGUGCAUGUCCAUUGUCUAUCCAUCAAACCAGUAAUUCAGCUAAUGCAUCCCAUCGUGAGACAAACGCACUCUCCCUUGCAUUGCAUGGAGUGUCAGCGCAAGAGCAGCACAAACAACCUCCUCCUCCCGCCCUGAGCCAAGGAAAGCACUUCGGCGGGCGAGGCAGGAGGGCGGACAGCUUCCCUAAUCCACGGGGAGCCGCUAAGUGACCUGGGAGGAGGCGGGGCCAAUAAUCCGGGUCACGGAGCGAGGGCGUGGAAUCCCCGAGGGCGGGAGGGGAAGCGGGCGGCUUGAAAAACGGCCCCGGCGAAGAAGGGCGCUCUGGGAAGUGAGCCGCCUUUUAUGGUUAGCUGUGGUCUACCCGAAGCCGGGAAGCAGAAGGCGAGCGGCAUAACUGGGGCUGGGUCGUAGCGCGAGCUCAGCUGGUGCUUGCAGCUCGGGUGAAUCCCGGUAAGGUGUGUACGCGGGGAGGGAGGGGGUCGUCGUCUCUUCACCUGCUGAGUUUCUGCUGGUUGCUUCCUUCCCUUCCCCCCCCCCCCCGUUUUCACCUGGCUCAGGCUCCUCGUUCCGCCCGCGUCCUCUUUGUGACCGUGGCCCAAAUGGGAGACCCACAGACCCUUUCCUUUACCACCCAGCCCUCGCCCAAGGGCCCCACCCUGCAAUAACUUCCAGCGCCUCGGAAGAGUCCGUAAAGAGUGUCCUGCCUGGGUUUUCCCAGCCCACCCUCCCCCAGGAGAGGCGAGAGCAAUCCUGGCCACAGACCCCCCCAACAGUUCGCUUCCAAGCCCACUCUGGCGAGCCAGGAAGAAGAUGCAGGCGAGCGAAGAACACUAAACCUGCAGCUGUUUUUAUGGGAGGGGAAGGAGGAGGGAGCCGACAUUAUUAUUAUUAUUAUUAUUAUUAUUAUUAUUAUUAUUAUUAUUACCACCCCCGGGCGGACACAAAAGAGGGGCUUGAUGGCGGUGAAGGGGGCAUCCCUGAGAUAUUCGCUGUAUUUGGCUGCAAUCUUGCACCCACACAUGCCUCGUUCAAUUCAUGGCGGCUUGCUUCUGAGAAAACACGUGUAGGCUUGCUUUUUAAGGCCUUUAAAACACGCUCCUCCAGGACUUAAUCGUUUCACUUUAAAAUGAGGGAGAGGUGCUGGAGCUCACCAGCCAUGGCUUCAAUUCAGCUCAGGUGUGGAUGCAGGGAUAGGUGACAAAGUAAAAGAGUGUUCCUUAAGUAGCUUGCAAAAUGAUCUGUCCAAUAAAAGGGUGUUGUUUUUUCCUUUCAAAAACAUGUUUAAAGAUCUCUCUGACUUAAGUGUCUCAAUCCAAAUAUAAAAAUUAUUUCACCCCCAGUUGUCAGCCUAAAACAGAAGGAUUUAUUACAGCUACUGGCUGAAAUUCUUUCCAUCUGCCCCUUGCAUAGAUACUGGGAUUACAAGGCCUAUUUAAUAUUUGUACCAACGUGAAACAGUUUAGGCAUCUUUGCAACACUGCUUCACCCAGUGAAAACAUUUGGACAGAACCUGUCCAAAUGAGCAUUGUUUUUGCGUGUAAUAUUGUCUCCAAGUUUGUUUAUUUUAAUUUUCCACAGUUACAUACAUGCUGCUGCUAGCUGAAAUUGGGUUUUAAUGGUUUUCUUAAUAAAUGAUUACGGUACUUUGUGCAAAUAAAGCUGUGUGCUCCUACACUCUUGGUAAUAUACUUAUUACUUGUUGAACACCUAAGCAUUGGUCAUUUUACAUAAUAUGUAGGAAGAUGGGCCCUGCUGAUGGUGAGGAUACUAUGAACCAGUUUAGUUUUUGUAAGAAUGAACAAGAUUGGGGUGGGAGACUUUGGUUAGCUAUGGUGAACAAUUAUGUAAGUAUUGUACAAAGGCUAAUUUCACUUGAACAAAAAAUCCUUUGGAAGAAAAAAGUUGCCAGUAAUGAAGGAUGAAGGGACAAUGCUGGAAAGAGCAAAAGUACACAUGAUUUUUCCAGACCAAUUGUUUGAGAGAUUAUUGUAUAGAAUCAUAGAAUUUUAGAGAUGGAUGGGACCCCAAGAGUUAUCUAGUUCAACCCCCUGCUAUGCAUUAAAAAUCUGCAGCUAAGUGGAAUGCAAACAGUGCAAUCACAUCACAAAGUGUAGAGCAGGCUAAUAUAUUUUGUGCCAUUUUCUGUUGCAAGUUUGUGGGAAAUCAUCCAGACUUGAUGUAGCCUCAGUCUUGUUCAUAAAAAAUGUAAUCUGUCUUCUCUUCCUUUCUGAGUAAAUGUCUUAAAUAAAUACAAAUAGCUGAGGGAAAAAAGGUCAUUCUGUUUAUACUUCAAAAUAAGAAUCACACAACAUAAUGACUUUUCUGUCUCGGCAGGUGAGUGGAACUCUGGAGUCUAGACCCCCUAUAAUGGAGGUAAGUAAUGUGAUGUUAGCAGCCAAAGAAACUAGCCCAUUCUAAAGCAGUCCCUAAAGAGGCAAAAAUGUUUGAGCAGGUUUUUUAAGUUAGGGAAAAUAGUUUUCAGCGUAGUAUUACUGCAGAUUCUUCUCUUUUUUUAUGAAUCUGUCAGCUAUGUUAAUCUUUCUGUUUAAUUUCCAAAUAAUCACUGGGGAACUUAAUGCUUCUUAGCAUUAGGGGUCUGAGGGAACCCUCUCUCAAGCAGCAUGAGAGAAUGAACAUAGAACUACAAAGGAAUCUAACCUAAAUUUACAUCAUUCCACAGAAUUAGGCAAAAUAGCUUUAUGGGUUUAUUUUUAAUGGUUCUGACUUUAUAUUUUAACCUUCUAUGGGAGCAUGGAAACAAACGUCUGUGAAGGAAAGUUUUGCCACGGUGAACUAGUUGCUCUCAAAGUCAUUGCCCUCAUUCUUAUUCCCACCAAUAGAUGUUCAAGUCAGGUUCACGCAUGAAGAGGAAAGUAGCCUACUAAACAAAGAUAAAAUGUACAUUCCUUGCUCUAUCCACCACUUCCAUGUAGCAUGUUGCCCAGAAGGAAAAACGACCCUGGGUGAAAAAGAUUCCUCAGCAUAGUGGAAGGUGCCUGAAUUAACACUUUAACAUAACUGUAAAUGACACUAUAUAUCUUUUCUGCAGUCUCUAGAUUCUGAGUCAAAGAAUAGCUACAUAGGAAGUUUUCUUCAGCCUCCAGGUAACAUAUACUCCACAUUUGCAAACAUCAGAUCAAAGGAGGCAACAGCUAUGGCAAAAGACACUCCUGCACCAAACAACCAAGGUAAAACACAAAGUAUUGUAAUAUGACACAUGAGUAAUGUGACAUUUAGUCAGCAAAUAUUCUUGGCCUGUGCUGAAUGUGUUUUGGAAUGUGCUACUGGUUUAGAACUUGUCUGAGAUUUGAGAUCCAAGAAAAAUAGCUAGAAAGACAAUGUUGGCUUGAGUAACGUAACUUCUAGUGAACAGGCUCUCUUUGGUAUUUGUUCGGGGUGACACUUCUCCCAGGUGCAGCUAGGCAGUGUGUGGGGCUACUCAGAUUUCAGCUACAGAGUAAAGGGAAGCUGCCUGGGGGAAAAUAUGUGCACUUCUUUUUCAAUUUGCUGAGGCUUCAUAGGUGGCCUUGUCUGGCAAGCUACAUAGCUCAAUUCAGACCUCAGACCUCUAAGUAAUAGUUUAGAACUUCAACCGUAGUUUAAUCCUCCAAAUAUGAAGGCAAACCAUGGUUUUGAGCUGCUGCUGUGCUUCUAUUUGAUGUCUGUUCAAUGACAUUCUAGUCGCUAAGUGCAGUGGCUUCAAGAGGACAAAUGAGUUGUCAAUUUUUUCAUCACACCAAACGAUGAUUUUGGAUCCUGAUUUGCCAGCUAAUCACAAACUAGUUUGUUGAUCCAUAUAUAUACUGUAUAUCUAAAAGUUUUGGGAUUAGCACAAAUGGCUGAUUCAUUAACUGGAUUUCAUUUACCGGCUUUGCCUACAUAGGUAAAUUUGGGCCAUGUUCCUGGCCUUUUAUUUUUAGCUUUUUUAGUAGUCAAAACAAAAGAAUCAGAGCUUCUGAAACACAACAAAAGAAACACAACCAGUAAACAUCACUGGGGAAAAAUUUGUCACAAAUGAAUAUAAUGCAAAAGAAAUAUAUUAUACUACAGUAUUAUGCUGCAAUAGCUGUACGCACAUGUGGAGACUUGAUAAGUACUGCAUGUGCUUCAUGUUCUCUAUCUUCAAGAGUGAGAGUUUAAUUUGGCAUAACCUGAAGCGCAUUCAAAAUGACUUCUCUAUUUGCCAUAGUCUGUUUUCUGUCUGUUUUUGGCAUGGAACCAUUUAUUUCAUGCCCAAGUAUUUAUUCACACAGCACAUAGUUAAACUAUGGCACUCACUUCCACAGGAGGCAGUGAUAGUCACCAAUGCAGAUGUCUUGAAAAGAGGAUUGGAUAUAUUCAUGCAGGAGAGGGUUGUCAGUGGCUACUAGGCAUGAUGGCUGUGCUCUGCCUCCACAGUUGGAGGCAGCAAUGCUUCUGAACACCAGUUGCUAGAAACCAGAGGAGGGGAGAGUGAUCUUUUGCUUGAAUCCUGCUUGAAAGUUUCCCACAGGCAUCUCAUUAGCCACCGAGAAUAGGAUGCCUUUGGCCUGAUCCACCAGCCUCUUCUUAUGUCCUUACAUUCUUAUUUGUUUUGUUAAAGAGAAAUGUAACUUUUGGUGUUGGACUAUGCAGCACGUACCUAUUUAAUGUUUUACUUACUUGUCCUUGGAGUAUUUCAUUAUCUUAACCUUGGUUGGUUUUUUUGAGUAAAGCAAACAUGAGUGGGGGCAGGGAGACAAAAAGAAUAGCAAAUAUCUUUGUUCUGCCUUGGAAAUGCAAAUCUUCAAUAGAAGUCUGAAAUUCAAGAGUGAGGGCGCCUGCCAGCUCUGCUGAAAGAGAGUUGCACAGCAUGGGACCAGCAACACUCAAUGCCAGGUGUCUAGUUAGACGAGUUAGGCCUCAGUAACUAACAGCUCUCCUCCUGAUGGCCUCCGUGAUUGAUCUGGUAGUCGUGGGACUACCAGAACACAUUGCAGUCGUGGGACUACAUAGAACCCAUUGCAGUAAUCCAUUCCCAAGGUUACCAGUGAACGGGCAACAGCUGUAGAGUUCUCCAACACCACUUUUGACAGUUCAGUGAGGAAUCUGUCUUUUUGGCCCUGUAGCAGAUGCAGACCCUCGUAGCAUGUUCCGGAGCAGAGAGGUAUCCUGGCAAAUGGAUUGCAAAUGUUACAGGCCAUAGCAAACCCCCUUGCCAGCCCAUUAAACCCAUGCUGGUGCUGCACCAAGUUCCCAGAUGUGAACAGCUGAGUCAGAUCGACUCCACUCAGCUUGCCCACCUAGGUCUUGGUAACGUUCCAGUCCCUGACUAGGAGCAGGAAAUUACUGCUAGGUAGCUGUAGUGAACCUCUUUAUUCUGUCAUUCUUAGUAUAUGGUCUUGUUCAUCUGAGUAGAAGAACAGCUUUCUUCUAGUGGAGCAGGAUACACAACUUUAUACCAAGAAAAAUAAGGAUGUGUGAUUAGGGCGUUUUGCAGCUAUCAGCAGAGAAUGGGCAGUAAUAUUUUGUAGGUUUGUGUAUGCAUGUGUGUCAAAUUAUGCCUUCUAUGAUCCACCUGCUCCAAUCUGAGUGGUGGUUACAUUGAACCAGAAGCAGUAAGAGAAGAUGAGAGAAACCUUCAUAGUUUUGGUGCCUUACUGGCUUUCUAACCAUAGCACCUAAAUGACAGAAAGUGGAUCUUUAAACAAGUCUAAGUUUCUAUCAUCUAAGCAAAAUAUAUAGCAAUGUAAUAUCACUGAUGUUGCAGGUUGGUGCAUAACUGAUGUUCACAUUAAAGUAGCUUCUUUGCUUUAUCGUUAUUAAAGCAGAGAUGUGUCAUUAACAAUUAAGUUACCUUUUCACCAGCUCUAGUGGCAGCCCUUAAAACUCUUCAGGAAAAGAUCCGCCGUCUUGAAUUAGAGAGGUCACAGGCUGAAGAGAACCUGAAUUGCUUGUCCAGAGAAGCUGCCCAGUAUAAAAAGGCCUUUCAGCAUGACUCCAGUGAGAAGGAUAUAACUCACCAGGGAAUGAUGCAAGAAAAGAAAGGUACCUCCUAUUACCACUGAUGACAGCCUUACCAUUCGCAUCUAUUAUAUCUUAAUCUCAAAUGAGCACUCAUGUUGUUGUUUGAUUGUUCAAUUAAUGUUUAAUCAGGAUAUGUAGUAAAUAGGUCUAUCACAUGAUUUAAAUAUUUAAAUAUUUUGUUCUAGCAGAUCUGCCUUUUAACUGCUUUACUAAUUGUUUAAAUAAAAAUGCAUAUUGCACUUUGGCGAUAUUGUAGAAGUGUGUGAUCAUUUGCAAUUUUUAAAAAGCAGAAACUGCUGCUUACUAAACUAUUUUCAUUUAAAUUCCCUUAUGCAUGGGUGGAGAACUUGUGACCUCCAGAUGUUGCUGGACUUCAAUUCCUGUGAUCCCUUGGCUGGGAUUGAUGUUUCUAUUUCUGAUGUUUUAAUCUUUUUUUUUUUUAAAUUGUAGAUUGUUUGCUUCUUUCUUUAAGCUACUUUGAGACAUAUAGUGAGAGGCAGGGUACAAAGUCCUUAAAUACACAAACAUAAUUUCUUUUAAGAAUUGUGCAGGCUUUAGGUAAGCCAUAAGAAUACUUAUCAGUUUUCUUGCAGACUCUUUCAUGAGACUCUCUGAAAAUAACCAGAGCGCUUCAUGUAUCUCUACUGUUGAUAACCUAAUAAAAUGAGAGGACAGUAAUGGGAUUGGGUCAUUAGUGAAAGCAAGCAAGUUCAUUUCAACAGCAUCAUUAUAUUGCAAAUUAGAGCAUAAAUCUGUAAAAUCAAAUAAGACAUAAUUAUUACUCUCUUUCCCUCCCCCUGCAUUCCUCCCCUUCAGAUGUGAGCAUGCAGUUAAGGGCAGCACAGUCUCGCUGCUCUUUGCUGGAGAAACAACUAGAUUACAUGAGAAAAAUGAUGGUCAAUGCAGAGUUGGAAAAGAAACUGGUUCUAGAACAGCAGGUGCACAUGUUUAAUAUAUCAUAUUCUUGCCCUUUGUUUCUCCUUCCUUUGUAUCUGAGAGGCUUUGCUCAAACCUUGUUGGUGUGGUCUCUUGUUAGAUCUUGCUUAUCUGUCACCUUCAUAGACAGUCUUGGAAAACACUGAGAAAUUUGUGGCUGUGAAAAAUUGGUUGACCAAGCAUAAGGUGCACAUAUAUCGGUUUACAUGCAUUUUUUGUCUGAAGUAAUUUUAAGAUGUAUUUUAAUUAAUGUCUGUUUUUAUGCUUACUGUGUUAUUUUUAUGAUGUUAGCUGCUCUGAGCCUGGCCUCGGCUGGGGAGGGCGGGAUGCAAAUAAAAAAUUAUUACUAUUAUUACUAUUAUUAUAUGCUUUGUUUAUCAGAAGAAUAGAAUAGAAAUCACAUAACUACAAUGUAUGGUGGCUUCCAUAGAUUCCUGUGUUUUUAGCAAUAAGUCACCUUUGGCUAAAUUUAACAACAACAACAACAACAACAACAACAACAACAACAACAACAUUAUUUAUAUGCAUCUGACUGGGUUGCCGCAGCCAACCUGGUUGAAGCUGUUUUCACCAACACUUUGAAUUGUGCUCAGAAAUGUAUUGGGAGCCAGUGUAGGUCCUUUAGAACCAGUGUUAUAUGGUCCCUGCGGCUGCUCCCAGUCACCAUUCUAGUUACCGCAUUCUAGACUGUAAUUUCAGAGUCAACUUCAAAUGUAGAGUGCAUUGCAAUAGUCUGCAGAUGACAAAUAUUACCUCCCACCUCCCUGAAAGCUGCCGAAUAGUGUGUAAAUAAAAAUGAAAAUAGCCAUCCAACUAUUCUUAUAUGGAUUUUUUAAUACUAGGGUUUCUUUUAAAAAUAAACUGAGAUUUCACGAACCUUUUUCUAGGAGAUCUGUUGCCUGUAAAUGGGAAAUGUCUCAUAAUUGUUUCCCAUUUACUGAGGCCAAAAAAUGCCUCAGUACAAUCCCUGCUGAAGCUGUGUGUGUGUGUGUGUGUGUGUGUGUGUGUGUGUGUGUGUUUCACUGAAAGACAUCAGUAAACCCAAGAUUUUCCCCCUGCUAUAUUCUUUCCCUAGAUACAAACUUGCAAUAUUGAAAGUUGGCAUUUCUGUUCCUUAGCUAGAUUUAAUGCACCUUGGUGUUACAUGCAACUAGUAAAUGUGCACUGAACUAUGGAUAGCAGAUAAGGAUACACAUUUCCAUCCAUGUUCCAAGGUGUAUUCCCUUUUUUGUGCUAUGCACUUGGAUACCUGCAACCUAAUGCAUGCAUGUUUACAAACUUUGUCCACCUCCACCUCAAUCCAUAUGCACCUAUACAUAGUGAUAUCCAGUGCCAGCUGUCAUAUACAGAAAGCAGAUGCCUGGAUCUUCCCUUUGUUUCCAUGUGCAGCAAGAUCCUGUGCAAAUCUGUAUGCAUUUGCAGUUCUUGUCUGUAGGCCUCCUAAACUCAUGCCUGUAGCACUUGCUGCAUCAUAAUUCCAUCUUCUGUGGCGUUGAAUUUGAUAAUAUGAAAGCUGUAAACCAUUUGAGCAAAGCUUGCUAUCAGUUGCCAAACCACUAUCUUGUGCAUAUUUUUCAGAUGCAGCUUCAGAAGGAAAAAGACCAGAAUCAGCUGGAGCUAUGUGCAAAACUUGACAAGCUUGAAAUUCUAGAAAAAGAAUGCUGGAGACUUACUAGCACUCAGAAGACUGCAGAAGUAAGUAAAUACAAUAACAUCAUUAAAUGGCUAACCUAAUAACAUUUAACAUUUGUGAGACUAGCAGCAAAACUGCAGUUCUGGAUCUGGGCAUUCCUGUGGCAAAGGGAGAUAGUGGCAGAAGUGGGAGGGCUGCUGUUACCUAUAAAUGCCACGCUUCUACAUUUGGUGGGCAGAGCUGUUUGUUUUUGUCGUAUUUUUGUAUUUUGGACCUACUAGUGGUUAAUAUGGUCCCCUUAUGUUUUGUGCUGCUUUAAAAUGUGGAUUUUUAUUGUGAUUUCUGUCUUUAUUUCGGAUGUUUUUAUUGUGAUGUAAACCAUUCACAUAUUUCUUUGAAAUAUGGAGUGGUAUACAAAUUACCCAAACAAAUAAAUAUUUUGCGUUUGCUUUUCUUUCCUCAGCCUUGUUUCCUUUAAUGGAAAACUUUGGCUCACUUUCAGUGUUCUCGCCCUUAAAAUGAUAACUGUUGAGUUCAUUUAUUGUAUGUGGUCCCUUCCCUGCCUCCCUCUCUCUCAAAGGACAAGAUCAGACACCUGGAACAGAAGCUUCUGGAAGAGCAACACCAGCGCAAACUAAUUCAAGAUAAAGCUGCGCAGGUAGGAAGAUGAGUAUUUUUACAGUGAUAAAACAGGAGGUUCGGCAGGCAGCCUUAUGCUGCAGUUCUGCUUUAACCAGCAGUGAUCCUGAAUACAAACCGUGACACACAAGUAUGUUUUGCUAUCUAUACAGUGGUGCCCCGCAAGACGAAUGCCUCGCAAGACAGAAAAACCGCUAGACGAAAGGGUUUUCCGUUUUGAAGUUGCUUCGCAGGACGAAUUCCCCUAUGGGCUUGCUUCGCAAGACGAAAAUACCUUGCGAGUCUUGAGAUUUUUUUUUUUGCUUUUCCCCCCCUUUAUCUAAUCUGCUAAGCCUUUAAUAGCCUUUAAUAGCCUUUUAGCAGCUAAUCCCCUAAGCCUUUAAGCCUUUAAUAGCCGCUAAACCGCUAAUAGCGCUAAUAGCGCUAAUCCGUCAAUGGGCUUGCUUCGCAAGACGAAAAAACCGCUAGACGAAGACUCUCGCGGAACGGAUUAAUUUCGUCUUGCGAGGCACCACUGUAUCUGCAUUAGUUUGGAUCUAGUGACUUUAUCCUAAAUGUGAUUGCAGGAAAUGCCAUUUCCUUACCCCUGCCCCCUUUUGCUUUUGAAGAAGGACAAUACCAUGAGAAUAGAAAGCUACCAGAAAUACAUUGUGCCUUUUAGUUGGGCUAAUAGCCUGACCCAUCAAGGGAAAUUCAGCCCAUCAACAAAGUAUCAUUUCUGAACUUGCUAUUCUUGUUGCCUAUCUGUGACUACAAAAAAGGUCUCUGUUAACCAGUUGGAGAGCACACCAUAAAUCUGUAAUUCACAUGGUCUUGGUAAAUUGUGCAGGCUUGGUCUAAUAAAAAUAAUAGUUCUAACAUAUUAGCAAAGAUAGAUUAAUGUGUUUUAGAGAAAGGUGGUCCUGUUCCUUGCUAAGCAAGAAGUUUGUGCUUAAUAAGUAGCUUUACCUAAGAGACUUAUUAGCCCCAAAUCCUGAUGUAUAAGAUGACCUCUAAGUGGUUGAAUGUAGAACUAAAUAAAAACAUAUAUAAUACACUUGGCAGAUAGACAGUACUGCAUUCCCUCCAAUGGUGGGCAGAGCCAGAACUGACGAUGGGCAGAGGCAAUAGUGUUCUGAAUAAACUGAUCCAGACUUGACUGUCUAGAUUCAGUUUCUGCCAUACCUGUUUCAGAUUAUAGAUGCAUAGAAUGGUUUCAAAUUCUGUUCAGAUCUACUCUGAAGUAAGCUCCGCUGUGUUUGAUGGUGUUGCAGACAUACAUACUGUAUAUAGUUUUUGUGUGUGUGUGUUGCCUUUCCAUAGUUCAAACUAUACUCAAGGCAGCUUACAACAUGAAAACAAUACAUAAGUACAACAUAACUAAAGUAGUCAUACACAAUCAAACAUCAAAAAAUGGACAACCAAAAUGAAUAAUUUUUGAAUAAGAUCUAAAAUAUUCAAAAAAUGUUAUCAAUAACAGCAACAACUUUUCCCGCCCCAACAAAAAAUCCAAAACAAUACCUCAGUCCAAAAGUUUGUACCUGGAAUCAGUCAGGGCUCUACCAUCCCAGGCCAAAUGGAAAACAGGCCUGCAAGCCAGAGAGCAGAUCUUACAGCAUUCACAACCAAGAUGGUAACACUCAAAUUAGUAUAUAGAUGAAUUUCUUCAGUACAACAGACCAAUACAACUACUAUUCUGAAAUUAAGUAAUUAUUCCCUGGCUUUAGUGUACUGCACAGACACUUAUAUAGCAGGAUCCUACUAAUUUGAUAUUUGAUAGCAGGAUGGGGAAACUAGUUCUUCUUAGGUUUCACAAUUAGGAGAAAACCUUAGAACAACAAUUUACUAUCAUCAAAUAAAAUUCUGUCCCUUCCAAUUGUUCUGAAAUUAAGUGGAUCUGGAGUAAAGUAUUUUUUAAAAACAAGUAGGGAAGAAAAUGGAAAAGAAGAGACUCUGAUGUUAUGGAAGAAUGGGGCAACUUCAGGCGACACCAGGGGCUACAUAAAAUGAGGCUGGAAGUCAUUUAUGAUAUAAAGGAAUAGUUUUACUAUUUUACUAGUACAUCCUGAUAGAAGUAAGCCCUAUGUUCUGACCAGAUGCUGCUAAUGAGUUUAGGCAAGAGUUUUGUUCCAUGCCAACAUACGGUAUAGUUUUUAACCCAUUAAGCAGAUGGCCUUUUUGAGAGCAAUCAUUAUUCACUGUAGGGGUGUUAAACUGCUCAGAUGGGUCUUACAAACUGUUAAAGCUACUUAUCCAUUGGUCACUUAUGUCACACUGAAGAGAGGGAUCACUAUCUCAGUGAACAUCAUUGGCAUCUGUUGAGAGCGAUUCGUUAUCUUUGGACCCAGCUGUUUUCUCUCUCUAGCUUUGGACUGAGAUACUACUCUGUCCAUUUAGCAAGACAUGGUUGUAUUUUUUUACUGCAGCUCCAAACGGGACUUGAGAUGAAUAGAAUUCUUAUGUGUUCACUUUCACCUCAAAAAGAAGCAAAUAAAAAAAGCAGAAAGAAGAAAGCCAUAAAGGUAAUGAAAUGAAAUAAAAGGAAAAAAGUUAGGUCUCUCAGCUAUGUAUUGAAUACCAAGAAGAAACUAAUACCAAGAAGAAACUAGUCAAGUGGUGUAUUUCUGUUGCGUUCUCUGUUGUGUCUUGUGAGCCCUUGAGCUAGUUAGAACCAGUGGGGCUUCCAAACCCAACUUGCAGCUUCUCCUCCUCGCCCUGUCACCUGUAUAAUUAGGUUUGGGGAAAAAUCUAUUGACACCAAUAGGUAUUUUCCAAGUCAAAAAGCAGCAUGAAGCAAUAACAAAAAAUGUGCUCACAUACAAACUGCAGUUAGGUUUGGAAGAAGCCUUCUGUUGUCUUCAAUGGCUUUUUUUGAAGCUUAAUGGUGAGAUUGACAUUAAAAGGGUGCACAGGGGGGUGAAUGGAUGUGUGUGCGGCAUCCUCAGAAAAGGCUUCAGGUGUGACAUGGUGCUACAGAGGGAGGAAGAACUGACAAGAGCAGCUUGCACAAGUGGAUUUAAGAUCUCUUCUGUAUUUUAACACACAACUAUUACUUUAACUGUACAGCAAGUUUGUCUUCUGAGCAUUUUUCAUAUUUUGCCAAGUCUCAAGACAGCUUAACAUCCUAUUGCUUAUUCUGAACAUUAGAGAUGCUGAUAACGCAGGAAGUCUUGUCUUAGUACCAAUGCAGCUUCAGCAAGCUAUAAUAAUACUUCUUAAAAUUGCAUGUAGCAGCAUGCUCCUACACAGUUGUUCUAGCCAUUUAAAAGGUUGCUUGGGACACUAUAGAAAAGCAAUCUGGUGUCAAAAUCGACACAUGAUACAAUUGCAAGUUUAGGACACUACUUCUGCUUCUUGAAAUAAAGGAAUAAUUCUAGUUUUUAUACUUCUCAGAAACCUUCUGGUUUGAGGAAAGCAUGCGGCUCACAGCCAUACCUACCAGCUGGGACACUACCUUUUGUUGCUGGGAAGGUAAGCGACGUAUCAUCAUCGCCAUUGAGAAUUUGUUUUAAAUUACCGUUUGUUUAAUGAGGCUUUCUUAUGUCCUGCUUUCCCCACAAGUCUGCUAGCUCAAGUCACUCAGUGGUUGCAAAUGUUCAAAGCGUCUUGCAUAUGAUGAAAUACCGUAGUCAGAGUGCAGCUUCACAACGCCCAGAAGGAGGUGAAAAGAGGACUGGCACGAGCAGACCUUCAUCUUGCUCCACAUCUUCCUCUGCUACUGAGCAUCUUUCAGAUCUUCUCUUGAUUAUGCAAGAUGAACUGGGACAAAUGAACUUGUAAGUACUCAUUUUCAUUUAUCCAUUUGAAUACAAAAAAACCUGUAGGCUUGGGGCAAAUUGUUUUGUAAGUUGAGAAGAAACUAUUUGGGCACUUUUGCAAGUGGUGCUAGGAAUAAUUUUAAACCCCCAUUUUUCAUGUGGAUAUUGAUGAUGGCAUCCGUCUGUCUCAAGAGACAAUGGAGUGCACCUCUGGGAGUGAAAUCUAACUGCUGUGUUAGCAGCACCAAAGUGACCUUCCUAGCGUACAAGCCUGGGCUCUGUGUUUAUGGAGGUCCUGGACUGCUCAGGUGACAAUACCUCCCUCUUGGCCUUGCUGAUGUGGUCAAAAGGAAAGCAGAGAAAAAUGUUUGACAUCAGCUUGGCCACAGGAGUUGCUGAAAGGAGGUAUACAAGGCACUAUCAAGCCAUCUUAAGGACUCCACUCCAGAUUUGUGUAGGGUUUACAGAUUUGUGUAGGGUUUACUCCUUAGCCUUUUCUUCUCCUGAAGAUAUCCUGCAAGGCAGCAGAGGUUUAGGACCAGAGUUUUCCUUUUCCUAAAUGGGUUACCUUCCCAAGUCAUCAAGCCUCAUGUUAGUAUAGUAGAAUAAGUUACUGUAACAGCAGUGCAGCAUGACAAAGUGCUAUUCAAAAGUAAUAUAUGAUAGGGCAGGUGUGAUGGUGCUGUUAAAAGAAAAAAAGAGGUGUGCCUAACACGGCUCUUUAGAUUCUAGUCCUACUGUUUUUAGUAUCACUUGUGAAAACACCCUAAGACUUUAGUGACAAGUCACAGAAAGCAAUGAAGCAUUUAAAAGGUAAAAAAUGCAUUGCCUGCAGUGCAAACCCCUUGUGGGCUUAAGCCUUCUGUUUUGCAACUUGCCAUUUAUGGUAAUUUACCCAUCUUCUACAAGCAGCUGAGGACUUUUUUUAGGCUCUAAACCAUAAUUGCAAGAAUUUGUGUCUAUAGAAGCCUUUGAGCCGCAAGACUCUAAUGUGGUGUUUUGUUAACUGCCAACUUCUUAUUGUGAUAGAAGUCAAAACCCAUUUAGUCCUAGUAGGGUGCAUGAUAGCAUAUCCAGUUAUUGCAGCUCUAGUCUAAACAGCAUAUCUUCUGGUCUUUAAUACAUUUGCUUCUCAUUGUAGCAUUUGGAGCUCCAGUAACUUCAAAAUAAUACUUUUUCACUCUUUUAUCGAGCCAAGCCCUAGAUAGUCUAUUUAGAGCUUGUUUGUAACUCUGUUGCUAAAGCAACAUCUGCGUAGAAAACAGGACUAUAGCAAUAUGAAAUUUUUAUGCUACACAGAGAAGUACCGUAUUUUUCUCUCUAUAACACGCAGAUUUUUUCUCCUAAAAAGGAAGGGGAAAUGUCUGUGCGUGUUAUUGAGCGAAUGUGUGUUCCCUGGAGCCGAAUGGCGCGAGUGGAGGCAAAAAUCAGGCAAAAAUCAAAUCGUGUCUCGGAGAAGGGAAACCUGAAAAGAGGAAGCGGCUGCUUUCCUGCAUUCUGCCUCAGGGUCUUACUGCCCACCCCUCUGUUUCGUUGCUGUGUUUGCUCAAACGGAACAAAGAGCAGGAAAGCCCCUCCCCUCCAGGCAAGCAGAGGGAAAGCAGAGCGUCCUUCCUUCUAAUUCCUCUCCAUGCUCCGGAGGGAACAAUGUUUGUGAAGGGAAGAGAGAUUACAGGUUCAGCUUAAAAUUCUGAUUUGACUUCUUGCUUUUGUUUUUGAGGACACACAGCAUUCAAAUAUGCUUUCUUCCAUUUAAAAGGAUGAAAUCCUCAAACAGUGUUUUGCCUGUAAAUUCAUGCGAUCUGGAAGAUUACAGUGUCUGUACCUCUUAAGGGAUGGCAAAGCUUAGGUUUCGCUGCUAAAUAGUUCUUAAUGCAUUUAAAAUGCUUUCUUCUGUCAAGGCAAUUAAAAAAAAUAUAUACCAGGCAGCCGGAAAACAUGCAGGUGGGAGAGAGAGAGCGCGAGCUGGCUGGCUUGGGUGGGUGGGGGGAAACUUUUGCCUUCCUUUCCUCCCUCCCGUUAUACCCCUCUCCUGCAUUCUUAGCCAGCUGCUUCUCUGCACACCCCUCUCGUGCUCCUUGUCCCUUCUGUGUUUUUCCUUCCCUCCCCACUGGUUACAAAGCAUGGAUCCACAUGGAUCCUCAGGAUCUUUGCAUUGGGUCACCCCAAAUUCACCAUCAGAGCACAUAGCAUGUCCAUAGCUACAGCCUGCACCAAAAAAAUCACGCACCCACUGUUGCCUGGGGCUGCAAUGGUGCAAAAACGUGGUUACAAAGCAUGGAUCCACAUGGAUCCUCAGGAUCUUUGCAUUGGGUCACCCCAAAUUCACCAUCAGAUCACAUAGCAUGUCCAUGGCUACAGCCUGUCCCCCAAAACCACGCACCCACUGUUGCCUGGGGCUGCAAUGGUGCAAAAACGUGGUUACAAAGCAUGGAUCCACAGGGAUUCUCAGGAUUUUUGCAUUGGGUCACCCCAAAUUCACCAUCAGAUCACAUGUCUGUGGCCACAGCAUGAAGCACAAAAAUGAUACAUCCACAGUUUCAUUCAGAAUGUUUUUUCCCUUGUUUUCCUCCUCUAAAAACAAUGUGCGUGUUAUGGUCAGGUGCGUGUUAUAGAGCGAAAAAUACGGUAGCUUAUUUUCUGAUGAUAAUGUGUUAAGGACAGUGUGACACUGCUUCAAACAUAGAUACUGUACUUCCUGGAAAGAGAAGUAUUCCCUAAUAGUACUUAUGUUGUCACUGUGCAUAGUCAAUCAUCAUACGUUGGAGGACAUGCUGAAAUACAAUAGAAGUGGUGGAUUGGAUUGUGUCUAAAAUGACUAUUGAGAGUUUGUCUUCCAACAGUGAACAUCAAGAACUCCUAAAGCAGAUACAAGAAACACAAAACCAGGAGGUUCGGGAAGACCUAGAACGUGAACUUGAUUGUCUUGUGAAACAGAUGGAAUCUAAAGGAGAGCAGAUAUCGAAACUGAGAAAGCACCAAGAAAAUGUAAGCAAACCGUCCUGAAGUCAGGAAAAGGGAUUGUUGACAGUGUAGGCAGUGCAAAAAAUAACUAGUAUUUUCAGAAAGACAGUGCCUAUAUUCUAUGAGUCUUGCAGAAACAAUGUGUAAUAGGUGGUGUGGUUAUAUAAAAUAAAUUGCUAAGGCUUAUAUGGGUGUAUUAGGUUUUGAAUGAGACAAGCAAACUAGAUGUUGUGUAGGAGACAUAUGAACUGUCUCCUAAAAGGUUAUGAAAGAGUGGGUGGAUCUUGAUUUUACUGUUUUAUCUUUUAAAAACCACUUUCAGGAUUUAUUUAUUUUUUACAAUCAAGCAGGGUAUAAAUUUUAUGAAAUGAAUAAAUCAAUUUAUGUGUGAGAGGAUGGGUCUUUCUUUCUGAAAAAUCAGUCUGUAAGCCUGCAAUCAGGAUUUGCCAUUUGUCUGCUCAGAAUCACAACACGUACCCAGAUGUUUUCUCACCGGUAGGCAAGGGAUGUCCUCAUACCUUUUUUUCAUUCUCAGUGUCCAAAUUCAUUGGAUGAGAAAGAAAUAAGCAGCUCUGCUUCUUCUCCCCAUCCUCCACCAUUCCUCUUCUCCAUGGGGGCCUCCCAUGAUUGCUUUUCAUUAAAAAGAGCUAACCAUUAGAAAACUGUUUACACAUCUCCUGUGCAGCAUCUGGUUUUGUGUGUGUUAAAUUGAGGAAUGUUUUUUAUAAAACUAGAUGCUAAUACAUGAAUAUGUUGUCCCUUCUAGACUAUAACUGGUCUUAGGGAUUAAAUAGACGUCUUCACCUUCUCUGUUACUGGGUUGUAACAUGACUCAUUGAUAACUGUAUUUACAUUAUGAGUUGAAAAUUAUGCCACCACCAUGAUGUAAUAUUUUUGUGUAUUGCAUAUUACCAUAUGCUUGCAAGGAAGUGUGAAGUAUAUCUAUGCUUUCUAGUAUUUUCAUUCUUCCCUUUGUUCUAACCAGCCACUGCAAGCAAAUUCCGUAACUGCAGAAAAACAAAUGUCCUUGCUUGGCCUUCCUGUAUCAUAAACAAAUAUAUCUGGAAAAGUACUCAAUGUAUACUAUCCGUCUUGGUGGGGAGAGCUGUGUGGUGUAGGCACUGCCUUACAGGGUCCUUUGUGCCAAAAAGUGCAUGUUUCUUUGUACAUUAGAUAUAUUAUAGAAUUGUUCUCUUCUUAGGUUUACAGACUGAGGCAAAAGGCUAAAAAACUGAAACAAAAAGCAACCAAUUCAGCAUCAAGACCUAAUGGAUUAAAAGGAGCAAAAGAGACUGCAGCCACUUCAAGAGCCAGUGUGAAUAGUGCCUGUCCUAUGAAUAAAAGCACAAGUUCUCUCCAGCUAUUAAAAAAUGCUCAGAAGCUUCAAUCAGUAUUGAAGAAAGAUGAUAUUGUGUGGGAACCUUAGUUCUCAAAAUUGGCUUAUAGAUAAAUGCCCAUUGGGAGCUGAUUUUAUUAUCUUGGCUUGAACAAAUCUUUUCAUUAAUGUGCCCUUAAAUUCUGCAGCUUAGUUUUGGAAUAAAUAUUUUUUCUUAUUUCUAUCUUGAC